GAAGCGGUGAUUGAAGAGGAUAGCAGAGCGGCGGUGGCGACGACGGCCAUCUUAGAGCUACCGUGGUAACCGACACUCAUCUUCUGGAUUUUAUUUUUCUUGUUAGAGAAACAUUCCGCCUGACUGACGGGGGGAAAAGAAGGCUGUCUUUUACUUCGCCGCGGUUGAACUCGAAGUCGGGAUGCGGUUCCGAGGGAAUAAACAAUUUGCAUCCGCUGUCGGACUGGUCCUUGGACUAUUAUGUGCGGUGGAGGCAGCUAAAGUCAAUAAGCACAAACCAUGGAUCGAGACGACGUACCACGGGAUCAUAACGGAAAAUGAUGACAAAGUACUUCUGGACCCCCCUCUAAUUGCAUUGGACAAGGAUGCUCCUCUACGCUACGCAGAGAGUUUUGAGGUGACCCUCACUGAAGAAGGUGAGAUUUGCGGCUUCAGGAUCCACGGGCAGAAUGUCCCCUUUGAGGCAGUGGUCCUGGACAAGUCCACUGGUGAGGGGGUCAUCCGGGCUAAAGACAAGCUGGACUGCGAGCUGCAGAAGGAACACACCUUCACCAUCCAAGCUUACGACUGUGGAGAGGGACCUGAUGGCGCCAACAUGAAGAAAUCUCACAAGGCCACAGUCCACAUCCAGGUGAACGACAUCAACGAGUAUUCACCGGUUUUCAAGGAGAAGUCCUACAAAGCCACCAUUAUUGAGGGAAAGAAGUAUGACAGCAUCUUGAAGGUGGAGGCAGUGGACGCCGACUGUUCUUUCCAGUUUAGCCAAAUCUGCAACUACGAGAUUGUCACCCCAGAUGUGCCCUUCACCAUCGACAAAGAUGGCUUCAUCAAAAACACGGAGAAACUGAGCUAUGGCAAAGAGCGCAUGUAUAAGCUAACUGUGACCGCCUACGACUGUGGAAAGAACCGUGCCUCCGAGGACGUUCUGGUCAAGAUCAGCGUCAAGCCCACCUGCAAGCCCAGCUGGCAAGGCUUCAAUAAGAGGAUUGAAUAUGAGCCUGGCACAGGUAGCCUGGCCCUUUUCCCCAGCAUGCACCUGGAGACCUGUGAUGAGCCAAUCACGUCCAUCCGAGCCAAUAUUGAACUGGAAACCAACCAUAUUGGGAAGGGCUGCGACCGUGACACCUACUCGGAGAAGUCGCUGCACAAGCUCUGCGGGGCAAGCUCCGGCACUGUGGAACUUCUGCCGGCUCCCAGCAGCGCCACGAACUGGACGGUAGGGCUGCCCACCGACAACGGGCAUGACAGCGACCAGGUGUUUGAGUUCAAUGGGACCCAGUCCAUCAGGGUUCCAGAUGGACUGGUGAGCACCAGCCUGAAGGAGCCCUUCACCGUCUCUGUGUGGAUGAGACAUGGCCCCGGGGCCCAUGAGAAGGAGACUAUACUCUGCAACUCUGACAAGAAAGAGAUGAACAGACACCACUACUCGCUCUACGUCCACAACUGCAGACUGAUCCUUCUCCUCCGCCAGGAUCCAUCAGAGGCCGAGAACUACAAACCAGCCGAGUUUCACUGGAAACUUGACCAGGCGUGUGACAAAGAGUGGCAUCACUAUGUGCUGAAUGUGGAGUUCCCCACUGUGUCUCUGUUUGUGGAUGGAACUACCUUUGAGCCCUUCCUGGUUACAGAGGACUACCCGCUGCAUGCCUCCAAGAUCGAAACUCAGCUCACCAUCGGUGCUUGCUGGCAAGACAACUCAGGACAUGACAAUGACACUGAGUCAGUCUCUGAGCCCACUUCAGGUGGAAAUGCUCGAAUGGCUCAGUUUUUCCGGGGGAACCUAGCAGGGCUGAUGAUCCGCUCCGGCAAGCUGGAGAACAAGAACGUGAUCGACUGUUUGUACACCUGCAAGGAAGGACUGGACGUGCAGCUGCCUGAGGAGGUAGCUGCAGCUGUCAAGGUGGAGUUCAACCCCAACCAGUCAGCACUGACUGUGGAGGGCGAUGACAUUGACGCCUUUGACAAGGUCAUGCAGCACAUCUCCUACUUGAACUCCCGCCAGUUCCCGACCCCUGGUAUCAGGCACCUUCGCAUCUCCACCACCGUCAAGUGCUUCAACGAGGAGUCCUGCGUUACGGUGCCAGAUACUGAAGGUUACGUGAUGGUGCUGCAGCCCGAAGAGCCCAAGAUCAGCCUGAGCGGCAUUGACCACUUCGCCCGCAGCGCUGCCGAAUUCGAGAGCCACGAAGGUGUGACGCUUUUCCCCGAGCUACGCAUCGUGAGCACCAUCACCCGCGAAGUGGAGGCCGACACGGAGUCUGAAGCGGCAGAGGGAGCUGAUGAUGACCCUACGGUGCAAGAGACUGUGGUGUCAGAAGAGAUCAUGCACAACCUGGACACGUGUGAAGUGACUGUGGUGGGAGACGAGCUGGACGGGGAGCACGAGAGCCUGGAGGUGGACGUGCCCCAGCUGCAGCAGCACGGCCUGGAGAUGACUUCCUCUAACCUGGGCCUCGUCGUUACCGGUGUGAACACCAUGGCCAACUACGAGCAGGUCCUGCAUCUCAUCCAUUACAAGAACUGGCACACCGAGGCUCUCUUUGACAGGAAAUUCAAGCUGGUCUGCUCUGAACUCAACGGUCGCUACAUCAGCAAUGACUUCAAAGUCGAGGUGAAUGUGAUCCACACAGCCAAUCCCGUGGAGCAUGCCAACAAUGCCAUGGUGCAGCCCAACUUCAUUAACCCCGUGCAUCAUGCCUCUGUGGAUCUGUCUGGUCACAACCUGGUCAACGCUCAUCAGGCCUCAGUGGUUCCCAGCGCUGCCACCGUUGUCAUUGUGGUGUGCGUUAGCUUCCUGGUGUUUAUGAUCAUCCUGGGUGUGUUCCGCAUCCGUGCUGCACACCAGCGCACUAUGAGAGACCAGGAGAACGGCAAGGAGAACGAGAUGGACUGGGACGACUCGGCACUCACCAUCACCGUUAACCCCAUGGAGACGUACGAGGACCAGCACAGCAGCGAGGAGGAGGAGGAAGAGGAGGAGGAGAGCGAGGACGGAGAGGAGGAAGACGACAUCACGAGCGCGGAGUCCGAGAGCAGUGAAGAUGAGGAGGGCGGGGAGCCGGAGGACCAGCAGGGGGCCAGCAGACAGCAGCAGCUGGAGUGGGACGACUCCACCCUCACCUACUAGAAUGACACGCUCCCCCAACGCAGCACGUUUAACACUCAACACUAGCUCUCACACACACACACACACACCACCAACACGCUCACUGCUCGGCACACACUCCCACCCACUACAGUUUCAUGUCCAAGGAGCCAUGAUUUUAAAAAAAAUGAGAAAAAGAAAAGAAACCUUCCCUUGAGCGUAUAUAUGGUCAAGGCUUUCCUGUUGUUAUCUUAGUGGUGGUACUCUGUGUAGUGUAGUCAUCACCGGAUUGCUGAUUUUUACUGUUUAUUUUUUUAUUUAUUAUAUUUUAAGUCCCAGGAAAACUUGGCCUACAUUUGUUUUGAACUGUGUGAGGAAGCCAACCCUGCACUUUUUGAUUUCUCUCAGACGUAAGGCUUUUCAAAUGGAGAAUUCUUUUUCCUAAUGUAUAUUCUUUGCUUAAUACUUUUAAAAUUUAAUUGCCGCUAAACUCACGUGUAGCUUUGACUUGAGUUUUCUUGACUUGUAGUCCACAGUGAAACGAAAUGAUGCUUUUAACAAGUAGAUCGCAUUUACUUUGUUUUUUUCCACCUUUUUUUUUCUCUUCUUUUAGUGCAUGAGGAUAUUUGACUCAUAUGUGUAGAGAAAUAAAUUGCUUUUUAAAGAUUUUGUAAAUAUAAAGAAACCAUGUAAUUAGUCGAUGUGUUAGUAAAGGCCUACUCAAUGGGGUCCAAUAUCUAAAAUGACGCAGUACGUAAUGUAGAAUAUUUGUGUCACAGAGGCUGUAGCAUGUCGCUAAAUUUCUGCAAAAGCUGUUCCAUCUUGCUUGUACAAAAAUGUCUACUUCACGAUCAGAAACCCAGGACUGUUCAGCGGAGGUUUCCAUGACAAAGUGGUGUCCAUUUUGUCUUUUCUUUUUCUUUUUUUUUUUUUUUGCAAA